CCAAUCCUCCAUUACUGCCCACCUCUCACCUCCACUCCACUCUCCCUCUCUCUCCCAAGAACGGCCCUGCUGCUGCGCAGAGUGAGCUGCUGCGGUUGAAUUCGGCGCAAUAACUCGAUCGUCAUCAAUCAUGGCUGCCGCUACCGCUGCGAGGAGGGCUCUCCUCUCUCGCUGCCUGCUGUCAUCCAGGCCCGCGCCCGCCGCCGCGUCAUCUGUCCCCUCCGCGCUCCGCAGGGCAGAUGGGGCGCGAGGAUUGUUGCCGGCAAUCCUUCAGAGGUUCAGCACUGCAGCAGCUGCAGAGGAGCCCAUUUCACCUCCAUUCCAAGUGCAAGACAAACAGCUCCUCAUUGGUGGCAAAUUCGUUGAUUCAGCAUCUGGCAAAACUUUUUCAACUCUGGACCCUCGUACUGGGGAGGUGAUUGCCCAUGUGUCUGAAGGUGAUGCGGAGGACAUUAACCGUGCAGUUUCUGCGGCCCGCAAGGCAUUUGAUGAAGGGCCAUGGCCAAGGAUGACUGCCUAUGAGAGAUCCCGGAUUCUGUUGCGGUUUGCUGAUUUGAUAGAGAAGCACAAUGAUGAGCUCGCUGCAUUGGAGACAUGGGACAAUGGCAAGCCGUAUGCGCAAGCUGCCAACAUUGAAGUGCCAAUGGUUGCCCGGCUGAUGCGGUACUAUGCUGGUUGGGCUGACAAGAUCCAUGGGCUCGUUGUGCCUGCUGAUGGCCCGCACCAUGUACAGGUGCUGCAUGAGCCCAUUGGUGUUGCAGGUCAGAUCAUCCCAUGGAACUUUCCACUUCUGAUGUUUGCCUGGAAAGUUGGCCCUGCUUUGGCGUGUGGAAAUACUGUUGUGCUCAAGACAGCUGAGCAAACUCCUCUGUCUGCUCUAUAUAUUUCUAAGCUGUUGCAUGAGGCUGGACUCCCGGAUGGUGUUAUUAAUGUGGUAUCUGGAUUUGGUCCUACUGCUGGUGCUGCUCUUGCUAGUCACAUGGAUGUCGAUAAGAUUGCAUUCACUGGAUCGACCGAUACCGGCAAAAUUGUUCUUGAGUUGGCUGCAAGGAGCAACCUUAAGUCAGUGACACUGGAGCUAGGAGGCAAGUCUCCUUUUAUCAUCAUGGACGAUGCUGAUGUUGACCAUGCUGUUGAGCUUGCGCAUUUUGCACUGUUCUUUAACCAGGGACAAUGUUGCUGUGCUGGAUCUCGCACAUUUGUUCAUGAGCGUAUUUAUGAUGAGUUCGUGGAGAAGGCCAAAGCUCGUGCCAUGAAGCGUGUAGUUGGUGACCCAUUCAAGAAUGGUGUUGAACAGGGCCCCCAGAUCGACGACGACCAAUUCAAUAAGAUCUUGCGCUACAUUAAGUAUGGUGUUGAAAGUGGAGCCAACCUUGUUACUGGUGGUGAUAGAUUAGGUGACAAAGGGUACUACAUCCAGCCAACAAUUUUCUCAGAUGUCAAGGAUAACAUGAAGAUUGCUCAAGAAGAGAUAUUUGGACCUGUUCAAUCAAUUCUGAAGUUCAACGAUCUGAACGAGGUGAUCAAGAGGGCAAAUGCGAGCCAGUAUGGACUGGCAGCUGGAGUCUUCACCAACAACCUGAACACGGCCAACACCCUGACCCGGGCUCUCAGGGUCGGAACCGUGUGGGUGAACUGCUUCGACGUCUUUGACGCCGCGAUCCCGUUCGGCGGGUACAAGCAGAGCGGCAUCGGGAGGGAGAAGGGCAUCGACAGCCUCAAGAACUACCUGCAGGUCAAGGCCGUUGUCACGCCACUCAAGAACGCCGCAUGGUUGUAAACGUAGAUAUAGACAUAAUGAUACUUUCGACAAAAGCGAAAAUGGCGGCGAUUGGCGAGAAGAAGAAGAAGAUGAUGAUGAUGAAGAAGAAGAAGAGUGGCUGAAAUAAGAUUGUCCUAGCAUGGGGCUGGCAUUGUCUCUAAUAAACCCUGUGGUUGGUGUUCAUGUUAUGUGGUAAGUUGAGACUGAUGGAGAGUAUAUUGUAGAAGCAGAGCUGUUCAUUAUGAAAAAAAAUAUAUAUCGCUUGUUGGGAUAA